AUGAGUGUUCAGACCCCACCCCCACUCAUGAAGCUGUUGGAGGCUCUGCUGAGGAAUGAGGCCUUGGCCCUCUCUGCUCUGGAACUGCUCCUGGAGCUCUUCCCAGGCCACUUCAAGGACAGACACCCUAGGAUUGUGAGGGCAAUGUGGGAACCCUGGGCUUUCCCCUGCCUCCCUGUGGGCACAUUGAUGAAGACUCCCAAUGUGGAAAUCUUACAGACUGUGCUCAAUGGCAUAGACACACAUCUGGAGAGAAGGUUUCACCCCAGGAAUUCAGAACCUGGCACCGGCCCCCUGGCCAUCAUCAGUUCCCCUGGUUCUGAAAGCAGCCUGUCCGCUGGAGGAGGAGCCUUCUGCCUGCAAGCCCUUCAUGAUGAGUGUUCAGACCCCACCUCCACCCGCGAAGCUGUCACUGAGGCUCUGCUGAGGAAUGAGGCCUUGGCCCUCUCUGCUCUGGAACUGCUCCUGGAGCUCUUCCAGGCCUCUUCAAGGACAGACACCCUAGGAUUACUUACACUGAGGAGGCCUUUGAAGAUCACAGCUGAACUCUGCGUCAGGCCUCAUCUGGAGGAAGAAGAAGCAUGCUUGCUGCAGUGGGCCCAGCAGAGAAAAGGCUCCCUACAGCUCUGCUGUAUGAAGAUGAAGAUCUUGGAUAUGUCUAUGAGAAGUCUUCGCAAACUCUCCCUGACAGGCAUCUACAAGAAAACCUUGGAAAUUGGCCACAGGACAGCAGACACAGAAGAGAAAUGUGUCCCUGACAACCCCUUGGAGACUCUCUCCAUAAUUCACUACCGACCGUCACAGUGUGACUUGAAUUAUUUCCCCUGGAUGAAGGACUAUCAGCUUACUGACCUCAUCCCUGCCCUCAGCCAGUGCUCCCAGCUCACCAAAGUCACCAUCUAUGAUAACAACUUCUCCAUACACAUCCUGAAGAACAUUUUGGACCACACAGCCAACUUGAGCAAGAUAAAUAUGGGGCAGUGUCUGCCCCUCUGGAGUGCUAUAGUGAUUUGGGUUACAUUUCCAUAG